AUGUUGUACCCAAUUCUUCAGGUCACCAUCAAUGACCGAAUGGCUCUACGUGGUCCUCAUUUACUCCCUUUUCUUAAAGGCUUCACUCAUUUAAGUGAUCUAGAUUUGAGUCUUGACAAAAAUUCAGGAAGUGCCAACAGCAACCCUUUACUCAUUGAUGACAAAAUUUUAGUUAAUUUUUUCCAGACUCUCUCCACUAGUUUUAGAACACUUCAAAGUUUAAAGAUGAGUCACUGGAAGAUAUGUUUAGAAGACAGUGAAAGGACUCUUCGAUCAGUGGGUCGUGCAUUGAAGAUCUGCUCUCUCAGUUAUCUGAAAGUCAAUGGGUUGCGAGUCACAGAUAAUGCUCAUAGAAUGGCUCUGGACCAUCUGUUCUUGCAGACUGUUGUAGCCAAUCUGAGCUAUCUGAGUUGGCUUAGUAUGGUGGGUGUAACUCUGACAGCUGGACGUGCUACAGCAGUGGGUAAGUGUAUUCGAGAUCGCUUUCCAGGCACUGCUCUUGAAUUGAGUACCAAAGACAUUGCUGUUGAUGCUGUGAAAGCUCUUGUUGCAGCUAUUGAAGAAGGAGGGAAAGUUGAGGUUAUAUUUGCUGGAGGUCCUAGUUGUAAUCUUCGUAUACAAAGGAUUUUGAAAAAUCAGAAACUGAAAGGUAAAUUCAGACGGUUUACAUCUCUUAAAGAAUAAAAAUAUCAUAAUCUAAGUACUUCAUUUUGUAAAAUUUGUAACAAUGAAUUUAUAAAAUAAACUGAAUGUUCUCUGAAACACAUUGACACUGAAUUCCAUAAAAUAACUCAAUUCUUGCAUUAAAAUGUCAAACUGUCAGAGAAUUAAAGCUCUUGUAUGUAACAGAAAAAUAAUGUAUAAAUUAUGAUCUUUGCAUGAAUAUACAUCUCAAAACUUUGCGGGCCGAAUGUCAAUACCUCAGAUUAUAAUUGUUGGUGAUUGCUGAGGUUGAAUUGUCUCAAUACAAUCACAGUCUUCUUGGAGAAAUAAUUUUAUAUUCAUAGCACUAUUUAUGAUAUCACACACUUCAUCACCUGCAUCUUCUCAUUUUUGAGUUUUAGAAUUCGAGGUGCCAUUUUAGUUGUGUUAUUUGUAUUAAAAAUUGCCAGGUGAUCUUGAAUUAUUAACACUGAAAUGAUGCUAAGUUGAAAGGCAUCCUAUUUUGAUAUAUUUCAUCACUAGAUGCUAUCAAAAUUAUAUAAAAAUGUAUAUUCAUAAUUGUGAUUUGUACCCUCAGAAUAUGUCCAUAUUUCAGGCAUCCAGGACAAAAUAUCUUCACUUCUCUUUAAUGUUGGUGUUAACUCUGUGAUGUGCAUUAUCCUAUAAACUUCAUUUGUUGGUCAGUAGUGAUUCACUAUUUGUAACUAGGUAGUGUAAAAGACAUUUAAUAUGAACAUUGAAAUCAAUUUGCUAUAUUAGAUUAAUAUCCAUAUUUUGAUAGUGCUCCAAUGCGCAUGUAUUAUUUUAACUGAAUUUAUUUAUCCAAGUAAUUCAUGAAUUCUCAAAACUCUUUGGAAGCUGAUUUAAUUUAAGGAACUCGCAUUCAUAUUUCCAAUAGAGUAUACCUGUAGUGUGAGAUCUCAACUGUCAAACUCCAAAAAACUUAACUUUAGAGCUGUUUGCUGAUUUUUAUUCCUAUAAAUACAGUAAAACAGCGUAAAAUAUACAUUAUUUACAAGUAAAUACAUUAUGUAAAUAUCAUGCUAGAUUUGUUAUUUAGUUUUGGAAGUAGAAUUUGUGGUGUGGAAUGGAGUGUUAUUUUCUACCAGACGCACUGAUGUACCAAACAGAAUGUAAUGUUUGCAUAGAAUAUUUAUUUGAUAAAUGAAUGUACUGUUGUGUCAUAGACACAUUACACAUUAUUGAUGUGAAUCUGCAGAUAAAAUGCUUGUUAUUGUUACUCUCUAGCUGAUGUUGCAUAGUUGUAUGUUUCGUAAUUGUUUUGUAUAAACUUCAUAAAUUAGUCAUUUAUAUAUACAUACUUGCCUUCAUACACAGGCAUACAAGCACCCUCACAAUCACUCUCCAGGACAUAAAUUAUAAAUAUUGAUACAUAAAGCAUUUGAUACGUCCUAGAUUUUCACUUUAAAACAAUUCUCAGUUACUAAUUCUUGAGAAAUGAAUAGACAUAAAAUCAAAACAAAACAUGAUCUGUAUUUUAUUUUAUACAAUAUGAAGAUGAUGAUCACUUCUGAAUUGAUCACCUACAGAAAUAAUUGAUUAAAAUUUUCAAUCAAUUAACAAUCAGUGCAUUGAGCACUGCAUAUAAGGCUCAUCUACAGUGAUAUACAAUUUACGUUUUAGAGGUCUGUAUUGUGAUUCUGCACAAUAGAUUCCAAAUAGCUAUUGUUUAUAUCAAUACCAAGUAGAAUUAAAUAUAUACCAUUCUGCCAUAUAUCUAAAUGUUUAUUCUUCUUUAUGAAAAGAAACAUUGGUUUGCCAGAAUGUAUCUGUGUUAUAAGCACAGUGAUUCAAUUGUUGUGACAUAAGAAAAUUAUUGUAUAAAAACAGUGUUGAAUGUACUAUAGAAGAUCUGUCAGUUUUCACAAAAAGUUAUUCCGUGUGCCACACUUUGAUAAAUGAUUAUAUCUACCCUUAAUACUUGCCAUCCAAUAAUGUCACAAUAACUGGAAUUAAACUGACUGGUCAUUUCUUAACUACUUAUUGAAGUAUUGUAUUUGUACUAUAUGUACUUCGACUGAAGAAAAGAUUACGUAGUUUUGCUCAUUUGUCUUGUAUGUAUGUACAGGUAAAUAACGAUAAAUCAUUAUAUAACUAUGAAAAAUUCAAAUGAAAUAUCUUCAUUCUGAAAUUUAAACAUAUCUUAUAUUAUGUAGAAAAAACGAUUUGAAGAUGUCAUUUAUAUACAUACUUGUACAAAAAACUGUAGGUUCAAAAAUUACGAAAAUAAAUUCUCUAAUGAAAAAAUUGGAUUCAGAACUUAAAUUUUGACAUUAACUUCAUGUUGCAUACUUUUAUAAGAGCAAAUUUAUAAAAAUGUCCUGCACAUUUCACAUUCUCAUUGUCUUCUUGCAUUGUCUUCAAAGAGGCGUAAUGAGUUCUAAAAGUAAAAAUUGUUUAACAGAUUCUGUAAAAACAAUCAAAUUGAUUCACAUUUUUGUGAUAUUGUGUAUUAAUGGAUAUUGAUUUUGUUCUGAAGUUGCCUAUUCCAAAAAUACAAAAAAUAUAUAAGAUAAAAAUUGUAUUUGGCUGCUUUGCAGAAAAGUACAGCAAUGUACAAAACUACUCUCAAAAUUGUAUUCUGUAUUACAUGAAUAACAAUGUGAAUUUGACAUUACCAUCUGAUUAGGCAACCAAGUAUUGUAUAUUACUUGUAAGUUUAUAAAUUGUAAUUGCUAUAUAGCUGAGCAAUGCAUAAGUGGAAUAUCUUCUUGUUAGGUAAAUUAGAGAAAUGUAAGAAAAUUUAAUGUACAUUUAUAUAAUAUAAUAUUAAUGUGUGUAAAGUGAGUGUUGACUAGCAAUUACUAUGUUCCUUGUGGCAUUGUUAAAAAUGCAUAAAUAGAUUGUAAACAUAUUUUUACUUUCACCAAAUUUACUUUGUUUUUAUAUACAUAUUUAUAUUUAUUUAAAAUAUCAUCAGUAUGAGCUUUGUUUGAAUCUGCUUUAGAAACUGAAGUUCUUUAUAUUCUCACUCUUUCUUUACAAAUAGUUACAUUAGUAAAUUGCUCUUUUAAUAUACGGUAGUAGAGAUGAAAUUAUUGUGUAAAUAUUAUAUUUUAUGUACACAAUGAAAGAAACUUGUUAGAAAUGUUAGCAUAUUUCCCAUUUUGAGGGACACUCCUGUUUGUAUGAUGUUUUUAUGAUAAGAUAUUUAAUUCUAAGUAUUUGCUAUCUGUAGCUGGAAUAUGAUGAAUAUAUUUUUAAUGAUUGUGAUAUAUGUUGCUGAUAACAUAUAACUAUAAAAAUUAGAAGAAAUUUAUACGUGUUGUCAGUGGCUGAUUUUUUCAUAAGAAAUGAACAAACAAUGUACAAUGGGCAAAUAUAAUGGAGAAUAUUGAAUUCUUGCUAUUCAUGGAAUGAUUUUUAAUAGGCUAUCACUAAUUCAACAAAAUUAAUUGAUAUUUUGAAUUUGUUUUUUUUUUUUUGUCUUUAAGUUCUUAUUUAUAUCAAAAUAAAAUAUUUCAAUGUAUUAACUCCAUAAACUAAUAAUAUAAAUUUUUUUUCCAUAUAAAUGUUUUCCACGCCUAAACUGAAAAUUCAAUAUUUAAUGAUUACAUAGACAAAAUUGAAGGAAAAUGUGGUGUGAUGAAAUAGAAUGUUUCAAAUACAAAUCUACUUCUCACAUUUGUCCAUAUUAAUAAUUUUGCAUUUAAUCGAUUCUUUAAUUUUGAUUGAAACUUUAUCAUUCAUUUAAUUGUUUCAGGAACAACAGCCAAUUUAAUAGCAAUCAGUAACUUGUGGACUAUUUUUGUUUGUCAUGAAAAUAUUAGUGUAAAAUUAAAUGUAGGUUUUCUACAUGUUGUAAUACAACAGCUUGAAUCUAUUUAAUUUCAACAAAUCUGAUUUCAUUUUUAAAAUUUUUUUGUGAAGCAGUGCCUUUAGUUAAGUAUGUGAGAAGUACAUUAAGAGCGUGCUGUUGUUAAAGCAGAGAUUAGUCCUGCACAGAAAUACUAGUGUCCUAUAACAGAAUACAUGUACCAUAUUAUACUGUAUAUUUGUUCAUUCUGUUCCAGAAUGUUAAAAUAACUUUUAAAUGUAUAUUAUGAAAUAAUGUAUUUUGUAAAUAUACUUUGUGGAGUCGAAUAAUGUUGUAUCUAUUGUCUUCUAGGUUUAAUAUGAUUCAGAUGUGAUUUGAAAUGUUAAAAAACUGUCACUUCUUUCCAAACUUGUGCAUAAAUUGUAUGCCAAAGUGUAAAUAUGGUAUAGAUAUGGGUACUGUAGUACAUGAUUGUUAUGAUAUUUAAAAAUUCAUUACACAAAAUGAGUUUGAAGUAUUUUCCAAAAUCAUAUUCUAUAUUUAUUAAAAUAUUUUAAAAACAAUAUGAUUUGAAUUAACGGUACUACACAACAUCAUAUCAGAUAUUGUAACAUACAUUGCUGCAUAGUUGAAUUCCCCAAUAAAACAACUUUCAUUAUAGUGUGUUU